AUGGCCCGCCUGGGGCAGAACCCCGACCCCCGGCUCUUUCGGGGAAAGAGGGAGGGGUGCCAAGAGGUAGGGCCCAGGGCUGUGUUCCUGGGCGACCCAGGCCUUGUCCUGCGCCCGCCUGCCAAGAUGUCCAUCACCGCCUCGGGGCUCCGGGGGCGUUUUCUGGGAUCACAGAGCCCCGCGCUCUUGGCUUUUCUCGGCAGCGGCCUUUUCCUGUUUGGGACCCAGUUAUGCUGCGAGGAUCUCCGCCACGGCUCAGGCCAGGCCACGGCCCCUGCGGUGGCGAAGGGUCCAGUCUCCUGCCUCCCACGGAACGUGCUCAGCGAGAGGGAGCGCAGGAAGCGGAUCUCCUUGAGCUGUGAGCGCCUGCGGGCCCUGCUGCCUCAGUUCGACGGCCGGCGGGAGGACAUGGCUUCGGUCCUGGAGAUGUCGGUGCAGUUCCUCCGGCUCGCCAGCGCCCUGGUGCCCGGCUGGGAGAAGCACGCGGUUCUUGUUUCUUCGAAGGAGACGUGGCACACGUGGCAGAAGGACGUUUUGCAGCUGGCCCUGGCGAGUCAGACCCCAGCAGGUGCCCCGGACCCCGGCGUGGGAACGUCCAGCGUGACCAUGCAGCAGGCCACCCCGAGCCGUGCAGCUGUGGAUGUGGAUGACGGUAAGGCCCCGGUGGGGGCAGCUGCAGUGCUGGGUGGGCCACCGGCCCUGCCUGGUGAGCAGCCGCCCAGCCUGGUCCUCCGGUCUCCAGGCCUGAGUCCCUCCAGGGCCCUGAGGCCGCCCCUGCUGUGGUCUCCCCGCUCGCGGCAGACACCCUCCCCGCUGGUGAGCGAAGACUCUGAGAGCUGCUUGGGCCGCACUGGGUCCCCAGCCCUGCCCGAGCUCUGCCUGGACCCACUGCCCGGGAAGUUUCUGCCCCUCACGUCCUCGGUGUCUGCCUGGAUGGCCCAGGCUGCUGGCCCAGUCCUGGAGCAGCCAGAUUCUGCCGUGUCUGUGUCGGGGUAUGACGUCGAAGAUGGGUCGUCCUUUCUGCUGACUGCCAGUCCCGACUGGUGGCUGGGGUCCCUGGAGGGCAGAGGCAGCAGUGCCCCUUUUCGGGUCCCCGCCAGGAGCAGCCUGCUGGACAGGGCAGAGCCCGGCUUCCUGGGUGACCAUGAGCCCGGCUCCCAGGAUCCCCCAGAUGGGCCCCUGGAGCCAUGGAGCUCAGACGUGAGCUGCCCCAGCUCGGCCCUGCGGGAGGAGGUAGACAGCAUCUUCCCCGACUUUUUUGCUUACUGA